AUGCUGUCUUCAGCAGCUUUGCAGAACGCCAUCACUCUCCUCCCUCAACCUCAACCAGCUUGGAUUUUGGAUUUCUCCGAUCCCUUGUCUGUAAAUAGUGUUGUGGGGACCGGGACUAUCAAUCAGAAUGCAUCAGCCGGAUCCAUCGACUUUUUGAGGCUUGGCUUCACUCAGGCUGGGCACAAAAAUUUUGAGAGAGCCCUUACCUCAACUCUUUCUGCCAAGUGCUGGUCCGUAACACGGGCUUCUGUUACCCAAUCUAAUUUUGCUCACUCUAGCACAAGCAGUGUGGGCGCCCUUGGUGGUGGGAUUGGGGCGAUAGAGCGUCAACGCGCUCAACGCACUGAGCAAGCUGAUAGGUCAAUCGGAGAAGCUUUUUCCGAUCUUGAUAAUUUAAUGAACCGGGCUGGAGAAAUGGUGAGGUUAAGCCGCGACUUGGCAGAAAAGCUCAAACAAAUUAAGGUUGGUCGGUAG